AUGCAGUUAAGGCCACAUAUUGAAUGUGAUAAAGGCUUAAAGAGAUAUGUUGGAUUAGUAAGUACAGAUUUCAAUGAUUCUGAUGAACCUGUAGUUGCAACACAUGCUCUUGUUUUUAUUGCAAGAGGCUUAACUUUGCACUGGAAACAAGUUGUGGCAUAUGCGUUAACAUGCAAUUCAAUUAAUUCUCACAAAUUAUGGAAUUUUGUGAAAAAAGUAAUAGAAAGUUUGUAUUUACAAGGACUUCUUGUAAAAUGUGUAACCAGUGACAUGGGCUCUAACAACACUGAUNGGGGGGUUAUUGGAAUCCAUUCUAUUAGAAAUCAUGUUAAUUGUAAAAUUGUGCAUCCUUGUACCCAAGAAGAAAAUGUAUAUUUUGUAGCAGAUGUCCCUCACAUACUAAAAAAUAUAAGAAAUUGUUUGUUGACCCAAAAUAUUUCUUUACCUGAUGAAGUUGUAUCAGAACAAAGAUUAAAGUCAGGAAUAGUUUCAAUGAAGCAUAUUGAAUGUUUAAUAAAACAACAAGAAGGAGGUGGGCCUGUUAUAGCUCCUAAAUUAUCAAGGAAAGUAAUUGAUCCUAGCACCUUUGAAAAGAUGAGAGUUCCAUUUGUGAGGCAUUUGUUUUCAAAUGUAGUUUCAUCUGCAUUGCUAUUCUGUAUAUCAAUUGGAACCAUGCCUGAAGAAGCCAUAGCUACUAGUUGGUUCAUUAAUCAGAUAUACAGUUGGUUUGAAGUUAUGACUAGUAGAAAUAAAAAUGAUUCCUUAUGUAGAAAAAACAUUGACAAAAUUAACAUCUGA